AUGGUCCAACCCAACAUUGGCGACGAUGUUAUAUCGAGGGGUGGAAUGACUACCUCAUCAUGGGAAAAAGAUAAAUAUCUACAUCAUUUUAAGUAAACAAAGAUUCCAGUAUGGAUACAAACAUUGUCCCAAUCUGUUAAGAUUUUCCUUUGUGGCCAUGAAGGUGUUUGUUUGUGUACGGAUCUGCCAAGACCUCAGCGUCCUGGAGCCACGUUUGGACAAGUGAACUAACCCUUCUGAACCGCCUGCAUUCAUUUGCCUUCGCUUGUUUCUACCACACACACACACAAACACACACCCAUACACACCCAUCCACCAGAGAAGAUGAACAGCUCUCCGAAAUUAGCCGGGGAGACCCUCAUCGUCCACCACAUCCCGCUGGUGCACUGCCAGGUGUCCGGUGGGCGGCAGUGCUGCGGCUCUCUGAAGCGGGGCAACCCCUUCAGCCCGCCCGAGAACCUGGGCCUAAGCCGCACCACCUCGCUGCCCGAGCGCGACGUCCUGCUGCACGAGCCGCUGGUCUACAGCAGCCUCAUCCAGACGUCCAGCAGCAGCAGCAGCAACGGCAGCCAGAACUCUAACGACACAGGGCCCGGCGAGGGGGGGGGGGACAAGGAGGUGAACGAAGAGGAGGAGGAGGAGGAGGAGGGAGGACAGGGUAGCGGUGGGAGCGUGACCAGUGAUGCCUCCUUCACGUCAAGCAACUCUGAAGAGCUUUCCCACCGGCAUGAGGGUUCCGGGUUCAAGCAGAGGGACAGGAGCAGCCGUCUGCGCCACAACCCUUUCCUCCUGAACAGGGAGGAGGAAGAGGAGGAAGAGGAGGAGGAGGAGGAGGAUGGGGACAACCUGAACGGCUACCUGGAGGAUUCGUCCUUCCACCUGCACGGUAGCACCAAUGACGCCCUCAACAACGAUACGGGGAUGGGGCCUCCCUUUCACCUCCAUGACCUGGACUACCACCCCGAGCCUUUCCUCCUACACGGCAACCAUGGGAAGCCCUGGUACUCUUCCUCAGGAGGAGGAGGAGGGUCCAGGAGGCUGACCCGGAGCAGUGAUGGCAGCCGGGGAGGGAGCUUCGAGUUCCCCUCCUCGGCUCUGGACGGCCUUGGCCUCCUGGCACUGGGCAGUCAGCAUCGCCACGGCAGCAGCGGCUCCACGCUUUCCAUGGACUGCGGCGAGCACGACUGGGGAGAGGAGGAGGAGGAGGAGGAGGAGGACGAUGAAGAUCAGCCCAUGCGGAGUGGGCGCAGCUCCAGUGGCUCCUGUGGCCUGGCCCAGCGCUGCUCCUGCUGCAGCCUCUCGCAGCCGCCCUACCCGGAGCCCUUCACCGACGCCUUCCCCGACUGCUACCCGCUGGGCUACGCCAGCGACUCCUCCUGCAACAGCUCUGAUGGUGUACUGGUCAACUUCAGCACCAUCUACAACAAGAUGAACAACGUUGCUGUGGUGCCCCCCACCAGCACCACCACCACCACCACCAAACCCCACCUGAACCUCAACAGCUCCUCCGAGCCGUCCUGCACCUCCCUGGUGUCCGAGCUGGCCCCGGGGGGCAGUGUCGGGGUGGAGUGCACACGCGGCAGCGGGGCCUUCUACCUGGACCUGCACACCUCACCCACUGACCCCCCCGAGGCAGGCCAUGUGGGAGGGGCCCCCGUCCUCCACGACCCGGCGGCCACGUCCGCCUCGUCUCACAGCUGCCUCGGCCUGUCCCAACAGCAGCAGCUGGACGCCAUGGAGCUGGACGCCAACUGCAACUCCUACCACCACCACCUCCAGCAGCCAGGCGGCGAGCAUGCCCUCUCCCUGGUGGAGGCCUCUGCUGAGGGCGACGCCACUGCCCAGCACCAGAGCCAGGCCAGGCUGGUGGUGGCCACACAGAACUACUACAAGCUGGUGACCUGUGACCUGUCCUCGCAGUCCUCCCCCAGUCCCGCAGGGUCCUCUGUCACAAGCUGCUCAGACGAGCACAGUAAAGGCAGCCCCACCCAGCCCGCUGAGUAUUACCUCUUCAGACAGCACAAGGAGGAGGAGGAGGAAGAGGAGGAGGAAGAGGAGGAGCGGGAGGAGGAGUUCAGAAUCUGCCAGGGGGAGGCCCAGUCAGACGAGAAGAGGCAACCAAAGAUGGGUACAUCGGCCUCCGACCAGAAUAUUAUCGAGGGCCAGGUGUACGUCAACAUCUCUCCACCUAUCGGCCAACUGGCCAGUGGGGCGGUUGGUCGCCCUCGCUCCCGCAGCUAUGACCGCAACCUAGACAAGUCGCCGUCAUCCCGCAUGGGGUCACUGGAGCGCAUGCUCAGCUGCCCGAUGCGUCUGAGCGAGGGCGCCGCGCCAAGCCCUGCCCCCCCACCCCGUGUCACCUCGUUCGCUGAGAUUGCACGCAACAAGAGGAGGACCGUCGGGGGAGCGGGGGGAGCCGGAGGCUCUCCUUGCCUGAGAACGGGGGCCGAGGCCUCCACGGCGCAUUCCACACACUCCCAGUCUUCGUGCGAAUUCUCCCCCAUCCUGGAGGGCCAGAGCCACAGCCUGCCCCCACUCACCCACUGCUACAGUCAGGGCAGUUGCGACACUUCCCCACCCGGCCACAGGGGCGGCGCACUAAGAGACUCACCUGGAGGACGAGAGGCUCGCACCAAAGCUGAAGAGCAGCAGCAGCAGCAGGGGCACCCGCGGCACCAGCAGGCCCACCACGAGGCGCCCACCUCCGUCCGGCCCUCCCCGCUGGGGAGCUACUCGCCCGUGCGGCUGCAGGGAGCACCCAGCGUCAGCAGCUGCUCCACCUGCAGCCCCAGUCCCGAGUGCUGCAGCGUCACCUCUGCCGCUGGGCGGUGCAGGCCCCCGCGCAGUCUCUCCUGCCCCAUCUCCACCGGCCUCCUGCCCGCCACCCUCAGCCACAGUCCACCUGGCACCGCCGUCGCCGCUGGCACCCAGGCCAAACAUGCGGCCUUAGUGCCCACCCCUCCUACGGCACCUGCGGUGAAGAAGAGCCCGGUGUCCGCUGGCUCUCUGCAUGGCAGAGCGGGCGGCUGCAUCCAUCGUGCCAGCCUGCCACCCCUGUCGUCCUUGCCCUCUCUGCCCAGCUCUGGCAUGGGCACACUGGAGUCUCUGGAGAGGAAUCAGCAUGAGAGCAUCAAGAACAUCAUGCCAACCUAUGGAGCUGCCCGCCCAGCCAACGCGCACCACCUGUCCCCCCAGGCGCUCAAGUGGAGGGAGUACCGUCGUAAGAACCCUCUCGGGGUGGACAGGGGCCAGUCCGGCUCGCCCGCCUCCCUGGCCAGCAGCCUGGACACCAGGAGGGGGUGCGGCGGCGGCAGUCGGCUGACCCGCCGAAAUGUCUUUGACUUCCCGCCGGCCGCUCAAGCCCUGAGCCGACUCAACGCUCACUCGAUGAGGCAGUUCCAGCAGUGCUACAGCGACUUCCUCCCUGAUUACUUCUCCCAGACAGAACGCCCUCCUGAGGAGUUCUGUCUGUCUCCAGACGGAUCCUCUGACGAGUCGUCCAUCUCUGUGGACCUUCUUCAAAAGAGAGGUCUGGUGAAGGCUAUUAACACUGCAGUGGAUCUUAUCGUGGCACAUUUUGGAACCAGUCGAGACCCAGGAGUAAAGGCCAAGUUGGGGAACAGCUCCGUCAGCCCCAACGUGGGACACCUGAUUCUGAAGUACCUGUGUCCGGCCAUCCGAGAAAUACUCCAGGACGGCCUGAGGUCCUAUGUGCUGGACCUGAUCAUCGGCCAGCGUCGGAACCAGCCCUGGAGUGUGGUGGAAGCCUCGACCCAGCUGGGGCCGUCUACACGAGUGCUGCACAGCCUCGUCACCAAAGUCAGCCAGUACUCGGAGCUCACCAGUCACAGCAUGAGGCUCAACGCAUUCAUCUUCGGCCUUCUGAACUUGCGAUCUCUGGAGUUCUGGUUCAAUCAUAUCUAUACACAUGAAGAUGUUGUGGCAGCCCACUAUCACCCGUGGGGUUUCCUGACCCUGUCGCAGGGGGCGUGCCAGUCCCUGUUUGAGGAGCUGCUGCUCCUCCUGCAGCCACUGUCGCUGCUGCCCUUUGACCUGGACCUCCUGUUUGAGCCGCACCUCCUGCAGAAGGGCCAGGAGCACCUCCGCCGCAAAGAGCAGCUGUGUUCCGCUGGACAGGGCCUCGACCAGUCGGCCCGCUCCACCUUCCAGCUAAUGCGGGGCAGAAGUGUGCCAGGGGCUGAGCCAAUCAGCGAGGAGGAGGCAGGGACGGGGACAGGCCACCUGAGGGAGAGCGCGUCACUCAGCCAGGAAGGGCUGUGGCCGAGAGUGAGGAGCGGAGCGGCCAAGAGGUGCUCGUCAGAGCCGCGGCGCCUGGGGUCAGGCAGCGAGGAACCAAGAGCAGCUAAGCCGGCGGCAGCGGCUAACGAUGACAUGGAUCUGUGGAGGCGCGGAGAGGCUGGCCGGAGAGGGUCGUCGAGAGCCGGGGAGAGGAUGAAGGGAGUCGGGGGAGAGUGGCCGGACGCGGAGCCCUCCUCGCAGGCGUCGGUGGCCGCAGGGGCCGGGGCAGUGGACGGGGCCAGGCAGAGGAGCAGGCAGGCCGGCUGGUGGUACCAGCUCAUGCAGAGCUCGCAGGUCUACAUCGACAACUCGGCCGAGGGCUCCAAGUUUGUCAAGUGGGAGAAGAGGAAGAAGUCGUCGGGCAGCGGGGACGGCCGCCGACAGAGCCACCCGCCGGCCCGCGAGGGGGUCGUGGAGGGGGCCGAGGCCAGCCAGCCAGCCCUGGAGGAAGAGGGGGAGCGGAGACAGAGCACCAGGACCAGCGGCAGCGGCAGCAAUGCUAGCAGCCACAGCAGCCAGUCCACGGAGUCCAAGAGAGUCACCAAAGGCAGGUCCACGUGGAUGGGCAGUCCGCCAGAGUCGGUGCUGACCGAGCUGAAGAAGAGCCAGGACGAGGAGCCAGAGGGACAGGAGGCCCCGGCUGUGGCAGCGGCCACUGCAAGAGGCUCCCCAGUGGGAGCUGCGGAGGAGAGUCCAGCCCAGGGGAUGCGCUGGGGGAGGCUGUUUGGAGCCAGCACUAGCACCAAGGCUGAGAGGGCCGAGCAGAAAUCUGCCAGGUGCCCCAAGAACAGACCCAGACCAUCAGGUUGGCUCAGUUUAGACAGGUCAGUCCUGGGUCUGGUGGCCCAGACGGUUGGUGCAGCAAGACGGACAGAUAUUCCAGCAGAUCUGACCUCUGCGUCUCACAGUGAAGGACGCUCUGCAGAGCAACAAGCACAAGCUCCAUCUGUGGAACAGAAAGCUCCAUGUGAGGUGCGGGCUCUCUGCCAUCAUGUGGCGUCUGACCCUGGCCACCUGAGCUUCCACAAGGGGGACGUGCUGCAGGUGCUGAGCCGUGCUGACCAGGACUGGCUGCUGUGCUCCCUGGGGGACAUCCGGGGCCUGGUGCCCAUCAUCUACGUCACCCUCAAUGACCAGAGCCAGAGCCAGGGUCAGGGCCCACAGCUGUCUCACUGAGGGCCGGGCACCAGGGGCCCAAGGGUCAUGGGUGUUUAUGGCUGAGGGCUGAUGCGGAGGUGGACCAUGGAAGGGAAAGGAUGGGAUGUUCAUAUACACACACACACACACACACACACACACACACACACACACACACACACACACACACACAUAUACACACACACAUAUGAACACACUGGAGUGUAACAGAGCUGAAGAAGAAUUGGAGUCCACUAUGACUAAAGCACCAUUGCUGUUAUGGAAAAAAUAUUCGCAUGUACUAGCACAGGCAUAUGCACAGGCAUGUGCACAGUCAAACACACACACACACACACACACACACACUCAAACACCUCAAACACACAAAUGCAUACACAUUAAUACACACAGUAUUGAAUUGUGUGCAACAUACCCUGACCGGAGCAGAAGUAUUGUCCUGUGCAGAGAGCCUAAGGACAUUUCACAGAGGUCAUCUCCAUCAGCAUCAUGCUUUGUCAUGCUUUUGUUUAAAAAAAAAGAAGGUCCCUUGCUUUGCCACUUCCCUGGUGUGAAACCGUCUGAAACCUGACAACAAUCAAUUCAUCAACUACCAGGACUUACUGAAGUCGUGCAGGACAUCGAGGGUACAGUUCAUAGCAAAGCAUCCACCAUCAGGUGUAAAAUGGAGACUUUUGAUUGACUGUGUGUAUAGAUUGACUGAAGCCCUGUUUGGGAAGAAAGAAAGCCUUUAAUUUAUUAUGGACUGCAUUAUCGAUCGAACAUUAUUCUAAAAAAAAUGUAGAUGCAUAACAUUUUGUGACUGUCAAAGUGUCCGUGCAUUGAUGUCUCUCAGAGGAUUUAGCCACAUCACUGGGGUUCCCUCCAUGCAUGCCAAAGCAAUGAAGGGAUUAACAGUUCAGUCAAGCUGGGAUAAAAAGAAAACUACUAUUGAUGAAUUAUGUUGACACUAGUCAGUUGAGCUAUUUGAAGGUACUAGGUUUGGUCUGGUGACUCGAGUAAAUCAAUUAUGAGGAGCCAGACCAUGGAGAAGGACACAUCCACACACACAGACAUUUCGCCCGCCAUUUUAUCGUACAACAAAACCAAGGUAGCAAACAGAUCAUACCUCCUCUGCCUUAAGACGACCGGACUCCCCUUCCUUACUCAUCCGUGGUCCCCAUGGCAACAUUUCCUUUCGGCAGAUUGGAGGAGAGCCCUCAUUGGACAGAUGGAUACAAGCCCCUCCCCUCUGACCCACUGCCACCUCAUCAUUGGGUGCUUGCGUAUCCAAUUUUUUAUGCAUGUGAUCCUACGCCAAUAUUGUUUCUCUGAUGCUUGUACCUGUCUUGCACCCUUUGUGCACUCCUCAAACUCAAUGGCACCACAGCUGGGAGAACGUAGAGAUGGAAGUGAUUCUGUCACUAAUAACAGAACUACUAAAACAAAGCAGCUUUGCUAGUGUAGAAAGCAGUAUUAGCUUGUUUCAGUGGAUAGGACGGUUUUGUUGUUUUAGUAUUUAUUUGGCGAGUUGGUCAGUAGCAAGCUGUGCGUGGAUGCCCAGUUUGAGGCAGUGGCCCUGUCCUCUAUACCUCUCGGUUGUGAUGGAAGCCAACAGCUCUUUGAUCGUCAGCGUGCCCUUGCCAAUGUCUAGCACACUUUCUAUUGGCAACAUAUUUCAUACAGAAUAAUGUUAUUCCAUUAUUAGUUAUGGUAUGCAUUAUCAUCACAGUGGUAUACAGUAUAGCCCAUGUAUCGAAAUAUCAUGCUUGUGACAAAGGGUCUGAACCAAUGACUGGAUGUUUUACAGUCAUUGUUCUGUAACAGAAUCUGUACAGUAUAUGGACCCAGUUGGUGGCUAAAGAUAUGAAUGAAUGAAUAUUGAGAGAUUAUUAGAUAUUUAUUUUUUUUGUAGUUUGUUUGUUUGUUUGUCCCCCCCCCCUUUUAUGUUGUCGCCACACCCCAAGAAUGAACAGAUAGAGAAAGGUAAAUAAUAUAUGAAUGGACAAGUGCCAUAUGAAGGAUGUAUGCCACAUUUAAGUGGUGCUUUACUGGGCAUUUAUGAUCCAUGUUUAAAUAUGUACAUUGACUUGAUAGCAUUGAGUGGCCUUAGAUUUGGAAUGUGUCUAUUUCUCUAUCACUAAUCGUUUAUUAAUGGGGUGGAGCUUAGUUAUUCUGUUGCUCUACCAGAGGCUAAGCUAAUAUAAGUACAUAUACUAAUAUAUGUGACUAUGUUUAACCACAUUGAGUUGACAGUCAUUUAAUUUAAUUGAUUUUGUGUUGAUGUACAGUUAUAUUAUUUUUGUAUCUUUUUAGUACGGACAUAAUUUAAUUUGGAUGUUUGUUGUGUUCCAUGUAUUUUAUUUCUCCAUGCGUUUUUAAAGUGAGAGCACCUCUAUGAACAUUGCUCAUGUUAUUGGUCAUUUAUAGCGAAAUACUAACGACAUCACCCAAUGCGCGUGUGUAUAUCAUGUGAUUGUGCCCAAAUCGGAAGUAGGAGUCUACCCGAUGGUUGUCGCUGAAUGGAUAUCUUCUCUGGUGCCGUCUCUCUCUCUCACUGGCUGAGUCGCACCUCGGCCUGCAUCGGCUGAAUCCUCACUGGAGCUGUAUCCCUUUGUCUUCCAGGCACGCUUCGCUGUCCAUCGUCAUCUUGUAGGCUAACGUGUGUCACACACACACACACACACACACACACACACACACAGAUAGUGUUGGUCAAAUGUGGUAGUGGUCGUAGUAGAGAGGCAGAAGAGUGAAGAGAGAGAGAGAGGAAAUGAGUGGGGGAGAGGCGGAGGGAGACGGAAGGACGGAGGAAGGGAAUAAAAGAGUGACAGACUGGUUGAAGAAAGUGAAUUCUUAGAGUGGAAGAGAGAAAGAUGGAAUUGAAAGAUGCUUUGGCAUCCUUUCGGAUUGCCUUUUACAAUGCAGAUGUUCUACACUAAUCAUGAUGCCAAUGAAGCUUUUGAGAUUUGAUGUAAAAGAAAAGCACAUUAGUGCCUUUUUUUCUUGAAACAAGAAUAACAUUGCAUGUGGAUUGGCCCACUUCACUGUAAAGUGAAGGAUGUGUUUUUUAGGUCGAAGCUGGUAGCCCAUAGAAAAGCUUAGAAGAAGAAUGAGACAAUUUCCUCCCUCUCUCCUGUUUUUUGCCUAAUUAGUUUCUGUCACUCCUGCUUGUACAUACCAGUACCUCCUGUUGCCCCUCUGUUCUGUCCCUGACCAUGCUGUAUGGUGUCUGAUGGCAUUGCCAACAUAAUAUGGAUAUUAAUAACAAAGUGCUCAUGUGGACACAGUUA